AUGCUAGGAAAACACUUAAAUGCUAAUGGCCACACUGUGAUUCAUGCUACAGAUGAUGCUGACACACUAAUUGUAAGAACAGCACUGACCUUGGCAGAAGAAAAGCACGUAACAGAUGUUGCUGAUGACACCAACAUUCUGGUACUUUUAAUUUACCAUAACACACGAAAUAUUUGCUUGCAAUCAUCUACGUUCAGAGAUAGAAAACGUGAUAUUAAAUCCAUGCAACAUAUACUUAGUGAAAAUGGGUGCAAAAUCAUUCUCAUUUCCCACGCUUUAACCGGAUGCGAUAACACAAGCUCCUUAUUUGGGAAAAGUAAAUCGGCAGCAUAUCGACGUUUUUGGAAAUCUGAACAAUUUAGCAUUUGCGCUACUUUGUUUGGAUCAGAAAAUGCAAACAGAAAUGAACUUACAGACAAUGGCACCGAAGCACUGGUAUCGUUGUACGGUGGAAAUCCAAACACAGAGACCUUAAAUCUACUACGAUAUAAUCUCUACUUGAAAAAAAUCACAACUGCCAAAAGUGAAUUCAAUAUUGCAAGAUUGCCACCAACUGAAGAUGCUGCUGUUUAG